CGAGGACUGUUAAAGAGGAGACUCGUGAAUGAGGCGGUGUGAGGCGGCUGAGCUGGAGUAGACGUUUUCUAUAGUGUCUGAGUGAAACUGCAGUAACGUCCACCAUGUAUGAUAGCCCCCCUGUGUACAGCCCGCCUUACAGCACCACCUCCCAAAGCUUCUAUCCGCCGAGGAGCGUCCAUUCCCCUCAGAGCCAGUAUGUCCCCUACACCUACAAUGUCCCUCCAGACUCCUACUACGUGGAGGAGAAGCCUCAACACUUCUACCGCUGGUUCUCUCCUCCUGGUUUUGUCAAGGUUUUCCAGGGAACCACUGUGCUCAUGUGUUUCCUCAUCUUCGCUUGCGUGGCUUCAACCUUGGUGUGGGACAUGAACGGAUUUGGGUACGGUGGUUACGGUGUAGGGGCCACAGGGAGUGUCGCAGGGACGGGGUCAGGAUAUUAUGGAGGCAGCUACGGCUAUGGCAGCUCCUACAUGACGCCACAGUCUGCCAAGUCAGCUAUGAUCUCCAUGGCAGCCAUCAACUUUUUGGUUUCACUGGGCUUCCUGGUGGGGAGUUUCUCACGUUCCCGGAUGAUGAGGGGAUGCAGGUUUUACCUGACUGUGUUCAUCUGUAAUAUCAUCUUAGCUGUGCUUCAGGGCAUCAUCAACAUUAUCUUUGUGAUUGGGGUGAACCCAAUGUCUCAGAGCUCACAGAGCAUGCUGUACAACCCCAUGCUGAUGAUGUGUCAGAACAUCCAGGGUAGCCCCAGCCUCAGCGGCAGCGCGGGGGCUGGUUUUCCGGGGGGGUUCCCCAUGUACAAUCAAUACCUGCACCACUACUGCUACAUGGACCCUGAGGAGGCGGUAGCGUUAGUGUUGGGUCUGAUGGUGGUGCUGGCUCUGUCCCUGUCUGCUUACUACGCCUACAAGACCCGCAGCAAGAUUUGGCGCCACGGCAAAGCUAACAUCUACUGGGAUGAGCCGCUGGUCAGGCCAUCAGAGGGGCAAGACGUGCAGGACUGGGUGAACCAUGUCGGAGAGGUGCGCAGCACACAGCAGGCACCAACUGUUGUUUUAUCAGAGAGAGCAGCACCUGACCUCAGGGCGGAGAACAGUGUGGUCUCCUACGGCAAUGGAACAGUCAGCAUCCACAGCGAGGGAAAUUAUAAAAGCAAAAGUUUCCCUGCUGACAACAGUAACCACCAUGGUGCUGAGCCUCUGUACCAGAACAGCAGGGUGACAGUUUACUGCAGCAGCUCUUCAGAUGAGACCGACAGCAUCCGGAAGCCUCCUCCUUAUCGUGUGGAGAGGGAGCAGAGGAAUGACCGACAGCCCCAAACUCCUGCUCACGAGAUGGUGGAGUCCCAGUAUGAAACUGGUUACACCACCGGAGACACUGGCAAUGAGCUGGACCAUAACCAAACAGAUUAUCUUUACAGGCUGUACCCAGAGAUAACUUCAGAUGAGCAGCGCCAGAAGUACAAGAAGGAGUUUGACGCUGAUCUGGCCCGCUAUAAGAGCCUCUGUGCCGACAUGGAUGACAUCAGUGACCAGAUGCACAAGCUGAGCCGAGAACUGGACAUGUUGCACGAGGGCUCCAUGAAGUACCAGGGAGUGGCAGAGGAGUACAACCGACUGAAAGACCUUAAAAGGGCGCCAGAAUAUCAAGCAAAGAAGAAGCAGAGCAAAGACCUUCGGCAAAAGCUUUUCCACAUCAAACGUUUGGUAAAAAUCUUUGACCAAGGUCUUUGUUAGUGUGUCUCAGUGACGAGGAUUUUUCCUACAUUUUCUUCCUUUGCUGUUUGAAUUGUAACAGUUCGGCCCAUAGUAACAUGGCCCUCGUACUGGUGUCACAAUCACUGAACCUCAGCUCUCGAAUAAAGACAGUGACUGACUUUGCUCUGUGUGGCUGUAAUUUAAACAGCUCAACAACUGGCACUGUUGUUGCACCUUGUGUAAGAUUUUCCUUUGUUACUUCCCAUGUCAGAUUUAAUGUUUGAUUCUUGAAUAUUACUACUGAAUGUCAGUUUUUAUAUGGAGAUAAUAGCAUGAAUGCAGAUGA